AAAAGGUUUCCAGUUUCAACUGGGUUUGAUCUGGCUCAUUACUUUGAUCCCAAUACUCAGGAGCUAGAGGUACAUGAAUCUCUGUGAGUUCAAGGCCAGCAUGGUCUACAUAGUGGGUUCCAGGACAGCCAGAGAUGCACAGUGAGAUCAGAUCCAAGUGGGAGAGAUCGGGCGUCAUGAGAACAAGGGUGGGAGUGUAACCCAGGCCUUCCUCAGCAUGGUCACAGGAUUCUCCUCUCUCAGGACAUUUACCUAAGUCGUCCCUCCAAUCUCACCAGUGGAGCAAAGUGACAGCAGGAGGGAAUGUGACUCUGCACUGCCAGAAGCCAGAUAAUAUGACUGAGUACACAAUGUUCAUGCUCCUGAAGGAAGGCGUUCCAUCACCUGUCCAGGUUCAGAGUUCAGAAAGCAACAGAGCAGACUUCUCACUUCAUAAUGUGACAGCCACGGACACAGGAAACUACAGCUGUGUCUACCACCAGAAAGAAGCCCCUUUCUUGGCCUCACACCCCAGUGAUCACCUUGAGAUCUUGGUGUCAGAUCCGAAUGAUGACCAGACCGACAUGGAGAAAGAUGGUGAGUGACUCCACCACACCCAGCC